CCUACAGAAGUUUCAAUUGGUGUUACAUUUUAGGAAAAGGCAACUUACUGGAAAAAUAGUUGGUCAAUAGACUUAGGACAAUAGACAGUCCACAAACAAAACAAACCAUUAGACUGUUAAACCUUGACUGAUACAAACUUCAUCAAUACAUCCACAAACUCUGGAUUUUAAAUAAACAAUUGCUAUAGAUCAGUGUACCUGUCAUACGAGACAAUUUAUCAUAACAACUAUAGCUAUUUAAUUCAACUGGAUUUGAUUGGAAAUUUAAUUGGAUAUGAUAUUGUAAAACUGUUGUUUUAUGGCUGACUAUGGCCAUAACUAAGCUGCACAUCUGGCUUAUUACAGCUGUAUGAGUUUUAGCCACAGCUGCUAAUUGUAGCUGUGUGAGAACUUUUGUAGAUUUUGCUAAUCACAGCUGCUUGAGUCAUUAGCCACAUUUCAGUUAAAACCUUUGCUGAUUAACAGCAACCAGUUUUACUGUUUUGGAGGAUUAGAGAUUUAAAUGGUAAAAAGAAUCUAGGAACACAAUAAUAAGAUGGAUUUUGAUGGAUUUGGAGCAUUGGAUAUUUAGAAUGUGGAAUGGAUGCUUUGUGAGUUUUGCAAAUUGCUUCAACAUAACAGAAAAGUAAUUUAUAGUUUGAAGAAUUAAAUCACAGCUUUUAAAGAUUGGAGAUUUAUAAUUCAUUGACAAAAUUAUUGCAAUAGUUAGUGUUCUGUUUGUCUUGCCUAAUGGAGGGUUAGAAAUAGUAAAUUUACUCAUGGUAUGAAAAUAAAAACAAAAUUUCAGAAAAGUCAUUUUCAUCAAAGAUUUAUGAAGCUGUGCACAGGAUGUAAGUGCGAAGAUACAUUUAUAUAGAAAUAUAACGUGAGAUGUACCCUAUGCAAAACGGAUAUGUAAAAAGAAAAAAAGCGAUGAAUGUUGCCGAAUUGCAACAUUAAUUCAUAAAAUUAUGUAUUGUUUUAUGAGGAAUUAAAUUUGAUUGUGAUCUAUAUGUAAUGGCUAAAGCGGAUCCUGAACCGGAAGUCAUAACUGAGCCCGAACCAAAAAUCACAACUGAGCCUGAACCAGAAAUCAUAAGUGAGCCUGAACCAACCAGUCAACCUGAACCUGUCCAACCGGAACCUGGCCAACCAGAACCUUGGAAUAUAUCAGUUGCAGAAUCAGAGCCAGAACCAGAGGGAGAAGCAUGGCCAGAGCCUGCGCCAGAAUGGGACAAAGCAAUGGAUAAGUGGAAAGGUGCAUGGUACUUCCAUGUAUACUUCUUCACCUUAUUGUACAUUAUUAUUUUCUUCAUCGCAACUCUGUCACUUGUUCGACUCCUUAUGCUGUACAAACGCAAAAAUGUAAAGCGGCCAUUAACAACUAGUUUGAACAUUAUGCUUUGCAGUUUUGGACUUUUACGGACAGUUUCGCUAUUGCUGGAUCCAUAUAGCGCAUAUCAACACAUACAGUUUGAAAUAUCACACAUUAUUUGGACUGUUGGAUUUCCAUGUCUGACGACAGCAUUUAGUAUUCCCCUAUUGGCAUUAUUGGACUCUACAAAAGUGUAUAUAGCUCCACCUAAGUUUCAAAAACUAUCGUCAAUUCUAGUGAUCACACUAUUCCACUUUGUGCUUGUGAUAACAACGGACACUCUAGUUUUUAUGGUUCCUGGGACAUCCUAUCUUCUGGUCAUAUGCCAAGUGCUUUAUGUUGUUUGGGGGUUAUCCCUAGCUGGGGGAUAUGCAUUUGUGGCAUAUAAGAUCUCACGGAAUCUCAAGGCAACAGCAGAUAUGCAUCAAAGUCAAGAUCAAUGGAAAUUUGGUGGAUUGUUAAGUAAUAUCACUAUAUCUGCAGUAGUUGGGGUCUGUCUGACAGUGACACAUUUAUAUGGUGCUUUUGGUGUGUUUAGCAUCUUUACCUCCUUGGUGUUUGCUCCCCCCUGGCCUUGGUGGGCAUUUCAAACAUUGUUACGCACAAUAGAAGUGGCAAUGUCAUUCCUAAUAUUCACAGUCUCGGCUAAAGUACGGGCAUCCAAAGACAAUAAUGAUACUCCAAAGAAAUCCAUAUUGGCUAAAAUUAAAUGUGGAUUUGGACGAUCAGAAAAUAAGGUUGGAUCAAAAUUGCAUAAUAGCAAGACAGUAGCGGAUAGUUGCAGUUUGAAAAUAUCUUCGUUAAGUGCUGUAGAAGUGGACUCAACCUCGCCGCAGGCAAGGUCACCCAAUGAUCUCACUAUUAUGACUUCCCCCGUCUAAAAAUGGCAUUUUUCUUUAUUAUAUGGAACAUAAUUCAAAGUUCCAGUUGAAAAAAUUUUUUAUUUCAUCACUACAUAUU